GAUUAUCAUGAGCAAAAAGCUGAAGAAAAAGUUGAAUCCGACCGGUCUUUCUCGGUUUCUACAGGUCUUCAAUGCCCAACCUUCGUCCCCGUCACCGUCCAAGUCUUCCCCAGUCACACCUACAUCAAAACCUGCGAAGUCGAUUGCUUCUACCUCUAUAGACACGCCAUCGACAUCAGAUUUAGAAGCUGGGGGAGAAUUCUUGAUAUCGACUAGUCGUGGACGAACGGAGGAAGAAAAGGACGAACAGGGACCACCCGCGAAAAAACGACGGACAAGUCCAGGAUUGCUCGGUCCAGGGAAUGAAGUGUACGACGCUACAGACCUCGUACCAUACUAUACCUCCGCUUCAGAAGUACCAGAUCAUCUUCAGAAAUACUUUUCGCAACGAACUCGUUUCUUCUCACUCUACGACCAAGGAUGUCUACUGGACGAAGAAGGCUGGUAUAGCGUCACUCCAGAGGCCAUAGCGCUUCAAAUCGCGGAGAGGUGUAGGUGUGGGACUAUUCUGGAUGCGUUUUGUGGUGUGGGCGGAAACGCGAUCGCGUUUGCGCAGACGUGCGAGCGAGUAAUCGCCCUCGACACUUCACCUACCCGUCUCGCCCUCGCCCGACACAACGCAACAAUCUACGGCGUCGCCGACCGAAUCGAGUUCAUCCUCGGGGACUACAUCUCCUUCGCCCAAUCCCUCGUCGACCAGCCUAUCAUCCAGUCCGCCAGCAAUUCACCUCCGCCACUCGAUCACUCUGGCCCUAGUCCCAGCCAUAGAAGACGAAAACAUCCCAUCGACGUCGUAUUCCUAAGUCCACCCUGGGGCGGUCCGUCAUACCUGAACGGCUCCACGCUCGAUCUCACCGCGGUUACAGCGACGGUCCCAGACGUAGAAGGGAAAGUGGAAAAUCAGCACCCGGAGUUCACGCUCGAUUGUAUACGUCCUAUCCAGGGUCGGGACUUGUUCGAGCUCUCGAGAAAGAUAACGAAGAAUGUGGCGUAUUAUUUACCGAGGAACUCGAAUCUUGAGCAGAUUGCGGAGUUGCUCGAUGUUGGUGUAGAUGAUACGGAGUUGGGAAUCUCGGGGGCUGAGGGCAUAAAGGCCGGUGGACACGGGCUGGAGAAGCAGGGUACGAAGCGGAAACGGAGACACAAUGACGUUGGAGAUGGGGUGGAAAGGGUGGAAGUUGAGGAGGAAUGGAUGGGGAACAAGUUGAAGGCGAUUACGGCUUAUUUUGGAGGGUUAGCGCACGGGCAGGAGGACCUCUUUGAGUCAGGCUCGUGUACUUGA